AUGGGUACCCCCUCAAAACGCGGCCUCUGCUGGCCCACCGACAACCACGGCAAGGACGAGGUCCUCGCCUUCACCAAGCCGGGCUCCAAAUUCGUCCCGAUGCAGUGGAACCACGUCAACAUCGACGAGCUGGCCGGCCACGCCGCCGGCGCCGGCGCCGGCGCGCCCGCCACCGUCCUCGGCUUCAACGAGCCCGAGCUCCCGGACCAGUCCAACAUGCCCGCCGAGCUCGCCGCGCGCGAGUGGCUGCGGUGCGUCGAGCCGCUGCGCCGGGCGGGCGUGCGCGCGGGCAGCCCGGGCAUCUCGUCGGCGCCGCACGCCGUCGGCUGGCUGCGCGAGUUCCUCGCCAGGGUCCGCGGGGGCGGCUCGGACGUCGACUUCUACUGCCUCCACUGGUACGGUGCCGAGCUGGGCCAGUUCUACGACUACAUCUGGAGCACGCACCACCAGCUCGGCCCGGACAGGCCGGCCUGGAUCACCGAGUACGCGUGCACCAACUGGAGCGUCGAGGACCCCCUGCCGCGGGAGCACGUCGAGAACUUUGCGAGGGAGAGCGCAAAGUACCUGGACACGCUGGACUGGGUGGAGCGGUACGCCUGGUUUGGGCCCAUGAGGGACUGUGGGGCUGUUGGCCGGUGGGCUGCCAUGCUGGAUGGCGAGGGCAGGUUGACGCCCCUGGGCAGAGCAUACAGGGACGAGUAA